CCUUCGGCUGCUUCGCCACCUGCCAGGUGGACAGAGCUCUCCAGCUCCAUCACUGCAGCCAGCGCACGCGUGGUGAGUGGAACCGCAGGCAGGGGGCGGCAACAUGGCGGUGACAGCGGCACAGACGUGGGAGACACGCAUUUAAGAGAGCGGCACUCUCUCACAUACACACACACACAGCUUUGUGCACACAUCGCUGGUCGCUCUGCUCAGUUAACAAAACACACCGGACUCUCUCACCGGAACUCUCGGGAGUGGAUUUUACUGACAGAGAGUGAUUUCUUGUUUGUGUUUUCUGUUCGCGAGUGUUCUCCUCUCUCAUUUAUUCUUAUUUUUUUUAAAUUUUUUGGUGCUCCAGAGCUGUGAUUGGAUUUAUUGCCAGGAGAAAGCGUGUAACUGGAGUCUGAAGCCGCCCGGUCCGGGUGGAAAUGACAAGCGAGAGACCGGUGACAAUGCCGGGCUCGAUGUCGCUCUCGGACCGACAUCCUCCUCCCGGUCAGAGGCAACUCGCGGCUGCAGUCUCCGCUGCCGCCGGUGAGACAACGAUGAUGUCCGGCUCAGGUUCAAUGGUGUUCCCGGCUGGGAUUAUCAAUCCAUCGGUCCCGAUCCGGAAUAUCCGAAUGAAAUUUGCUGUUGUCAUCGGACUGAUCCAGGUUGGAGAGGUUAACAACCGGGAUAUUGUUGAAACGGUGCUGAAUUUGUUGGUGGGUGGUGAGUUCGACCUGGAGACAAACUUCAUUAUCCAGGAUGCAGAAGGCAUCGGCUGCAUGGUGGAGCUGUUGGGGCACUGUGACAUCACCUGCCAGGCUGAAAUCUGGAGCAUGUUCACCGCCAUCCUGCGAAAAAGUGUUCGAAAUCUGCAAACCAGCACUGAGGUGGGCCUCAUCCAGCAGGUGCUGCUCAAAAUGAGCUCGGUGGAUGACAUGAUAGCAGGUAUGAUAAUGGUAGCAGUGGUAGAGCAUGUGUUUUCAUUUUCAGAGGGAUUGUUAUCUUGGUAAUGUCCGGCAAGUGGCGUAUGGGUUAUGCCUUCUUGUAUGUUUUAUUUUCAUUGUCAUCCCCUUUAAUUCUGUCAGCAAUAGAGUGCUGCAGGGAUAAUGCAUAUUUGUAGGCCAAUCUGGAAGUUAGCGGCAUCUUGAGUCCCUUCACAAAAAGCAAAUGGUAUUUGUCCAUUGGAUUAUUGCAGAAAAUAACCUCUGCGGCAAACAAACAUUUAUGAUACUUACAUUUGUUCUGCAAAAUAAUCUUCACAAAGGAAUACCCCUUGUGACUUUAUGGUUUUUGAAGCGUGAUUGCCAGAAGUAAAGCGCUAACGACAGGCUAUAAACAAACUAGACCAGUAGGGUUGAUGUGUUCUGUGUGAUGAUGGUCUGUAGGAUCAUUGAGCCACUUGUUAGCAACAGCUUUUUUAAAGACAUGUAGAAGCUUGAAAAUUCACAAGGGGGGAAUAUUGUAGAAGAAAACGUUGAAACCUCGUAGGCCUGGGUGAACCACAGACUGUAUUUCAGGCAUCUAACCAAAAACACAUUCAAAAAAACAAUAACAAUUGGAAGUGUAAAAAAAUGUUGACUCAUUUCUGGGUUUCAGGACUCAUUCCUGCACCAUUCUAUUAAUUCAGACAAUUCUUUGAGACAUCAACUAUUGCAGAAAGUCAAUGUUCUUCGGGGUAAAUCUUGAUUAAAAUUGAAUUCAAACAAUUGUACUGUACUUAAUAAUUGGUAUUAGGAAAAAGUCUUUGCUUUACAAAAAUAUUACAAUUUUACAUAUUGGAGCCAGAAUAUUUUAGAUAUAUUUCCCCUCUAGUAGCAAAGCCUCAUGAUGCUCUUUAGACAAAUAGGUAUUCAUUUAUUAAGAAAUGAGUGAUCAUCCAGAGUUUGAUUGCUGGGUAGUUGUCCCUGUGUACUAUUUAAGUCCUGAACUUUUGUCUAUGAACAUUGCAGUCUGUAGGGAAUACUACCUUUUACUCUUACCUUUCUGGAAUGAGCCCCUCACAUCUGUAUUUAGGUCACUGUGGGGCUCUCUGUGGAGGUCAGUGUCACUUUGAUAUUUUUAACAAAUUAUAUCCAUACCUUGUGUAAGUUCUAAAUAUUGUUUCAGCUGAUGAUGAAAUGUAAAUGCGUUUUCCCUGCGGUAAGUUCAACAAUGUACCAGUUAGACAUCACUAUGAUUUACAAGUCAGUUUCCAUGUAAUUGUAGUGGAAGUGCUUCUGUGU